UGCCGAGCGGUUCACACAGCGUUGCAGCUUAAGAUCAACCUUCCGAGUACCUCUCUGCCUGCCAAGUCGCCAGGGCUAUUAGAGCGUGAUUAUACUGCUUGGCUCUGAGCAUUAGCUAAUCCGACCCAGCUGGGCUUGCUCUGGACCUGGGAUGGCUCUGGACAUCAGCUGCUUCUUUUUAGUGGCGUUCUUUUCAGCCAGCUGUGAAGCCAUCGCCUCCUCAGAUCUGACUUGCACUGAGAAAGAAACCAACAAAACAUACAACUGUGAAAAUUUAGGUCUCAGUGAAAUUCCUGGCACUCUCCCAAACUCAACAGAAUGUCUGGAGUUCAGCUUUAAUUUCUUGCCUACAAUUCAAAAUACGACCUUCAGCAGACUUGUAAAUCUCACCUUUCUGGAUUUAACCAGGUGCCAGAUUUACUGGAUACAUGAAGAUACCUUCCAAAGCCAGCAUCAGCUAGACACACUUGUGCUAACUGCAAACCCGCUGAUAUUUAUGGCAGAAACAGCACUCAAUGGGCCCGUAUCACUGAAGCACCUGUUCUUCACCCAAACAGGAAUGUCCAGUCUGGACUUUAUCCCCGUGCACAAUUUGAAAAGCUUGGAAAGUUUACAUCUUGGAAGUAACCAUAUUUCCUCCAUUAAGCUCCCCAAAAACUUCCCCACAGAGAAGCUGAAGGUUCUCGAUUUUCAAAACAAUGCCAUCCAUUACCUAUCUAAAGAAGAUAUGGAAUCUCUACAGCAUGCCACUAACCUGAGCCUCAACUUAAAGGGAAAUGACAUUACAAGGAUAGAACCUGGGGCUUUCAAGUCAACUGUCUUCCAAAGUUUGGACUUUGGAGGGACUCUCGACUUGCUGGUUAUAUUCAGGGGUUUGCAUAACUCUACUGUUCAGUCUCUCUGGCUGGGGACAUUUGAGGACAUCGAUGAUAAAGAAAUUAGUUCCUCGGUGUUCGAGGGCCUCUGUGAAAUGUCGGUUGAGAGCAUCAACCUGCAGAAGCAUCACUUCCUCAACAUCUCCUCGAAUACAUUCCACUGCUUCACCAGCCUCCAGGAACUGGACCUGACAGCUACUCACCUGAGACAAUUACCCUCCGGGAUUGUGGGGCUACACAACCUCAAGAAAUUAGUUCUCAGCGCAAACAAGUUUGAUAGCCUGUGUCAAAUCAAUGCUGCCAGCUUCCCCUCCCUUACACACCUUUACAUCAAAGGCAACGAGAAGAAACUUGCCCUUGGUACUGGCUGUUUAGACAACCUAGAAAAUCUUCGUCUGCUUGAUCUAAGCCACGAUGACAUCGAAACUUCUGACUGCUGCAACCUGCAACUCAAAAACCUGUCUCACUUACAAAGCCUGAACUUGAGCUACAAUGAACCCCUGGGCCUAAAGACCGAGGCGUUCCAAGAAUGUCCCCAGCUAGAACUCCUGGAUUUGGCGUUUACCCAAUUACGUGUUAAUGCCGCGCAAAGUCCCUUCCAGAACCUCCAUCUCCUGAAGGUUCUCAAUCUCUCCCACUGCCUCCUUGACACCAGCAAUCAGCAUGUCCUCGAUGGCCUGCCAGCACUCCAGCACCUGAACUUACAGGGAAACCGAUUUCCAAAUGGGAAUAUUCCAAAGACUAACCCGCUUCAGAUCCUGGAGAGUCUAGAAAUCCUGAUGCUAUCAUCCUGUGAUCUCUCCUCCAUAGACCCGCAGGCCUUUGCUCAGCUUAAGAUGAUGAAUCAUGUAGACCUGAGCCACAACAGGCUGACAUCCAGUAGCAUCGAGGCUCUUAGUCAUCUUAAGGGGCUAUACCUCAAUCUAGCUUCAAACAGCCUUAGCAUCAUCCCCCCUGACCUCCUCCCCAUCCUGUCGCAGCAGAAAACCAUUAAUUUAAGACAGAACCCCCUGGACUGCACUUGCUCGAAUGUUUACUUUUUGGAAUGGUACAAAGAAAACAUGCACAGAGUCGAGGACAUAGAGGCCACUCUUUGUGCAAAUCCGCCAUUGCUGCAGGGAGUCAGGCUAUCUGAUGUCACCCUGUCAUGUAGUAUCACAGCUGUGGGCAUUUUCUUUCUCAUUGUAUUCUUCCUUUUGCUCACCGUUGCGUUGAUUUUCGCAGUGAAAUAUUUUCUUAGGUGGAGAUACCAGCACAUUUAGCUCAAGGUUUCCAGAGAAGGCCGAUAAACAGGUUUAUCAGAAUUGUCCUAAGUAAAAGAACUGUCAUCCACAGGUGACCAGACUUUUCUGGUUCCUAGUGCUGGGCUGGGGUUCAUUGAGUUUUUCUGAACAUUUGAAUCUCCCAUGAUGCUGUGGUUAGAGGCCCACGCACUGCUGUGAGAGACAGAGCCACUUCCUCCUGUGAAAAGUGACCCACAACCACUGAACCCCCGAUCUGAACCCCACCCAUCUGAGAAAGGAGAGCAACACGCAUCAGUGCCCCCACCCUCUGCCCAACCCGGCUAUGCUGGGGCCAACCCUGUCUUCUCUCUCUCUAACUUCUGACAUUUUGCUUGAGGCUGAGCUCUCUGUAAUUGAGCCAUUUGGGAAAGUUAGGCCCCAGUAAAUUCUCAAUGCUCAUUUCAAAUGACAAAAGGUAAAAAAAUACAAUGAAUUUAAAAGACAAGACAAAGUAAUAAAUUCUGCUCUCGACCAGAUUCUAUUAGUCCCCUUGUUUUCUAAGGUCUUGAGAAACCCCUAGGGUGUCAACAGUACAAAACUUUGAAAGCUUCUCCCGACCCAUCCCUGAAGGUCGGAUUUCAUUCAUUUCCCAACAAGGAGGUUUCCCUCCUGCUGUCUGCUAUUCCACCUCUCAGGUUGCAAACUUAGAGGUGGGCUGUGUUCCAAAUAGCUCUUUUUAUUCUCCAGGUUUCUGGUCCUUGGACCUCUUUCCCACAGGAACAGGGAGAUGAAUGUCUGGUUCCCAGACUGGCCUUCCAAAGCCUGUUCCCUUUAGAGAAUAUUGAGGAACACCCUCACAAGGGAACCUUGUGUAUUUGUGUGUCCCCGCAAACUAGCUGUUGGGAACAUGACAAGGGAGAAGAGAUUUCUGUUCAGUCCAGGGGUAUUCCCAAAGGCUAUGGCAAUGACAGACAACAUGGCGCUGUUGAAGGCAGAUAGACAGAGAAGACAGGGCAGUUGACAAUGUCACAACUUAAUCCCUCCCAAGUCUCUGGGAUGCAGUCUGAAUUACUAGUUGAAACUCAGUUACUGUGAUGUUUGCAAUUACUGUUCUCUGAAUCCAGGGAGUUAAACAACAACAGACUGAUAAUAUUUUUUAAACAUUGCACAAAUACUAAGUAUCUAUCUUACUUCAUUUCAUCAUUCCCUGAACAAUAUAACUAUGUGCACAGCAUAUAUACCGUGUUUAUAUUGUUAGGAGACAAUACAAAGAAUAUGACAAGAUCAUGUAAUUCAUAUGAAAAUACUAUUCUAUUUUAUUUUUGUAUAAAGGAGUUGAACAUUUGUGGAGUCUGGUAUCUGUGAGGACUCCCUGACCCAAUUUCCCCAUGAAAACCAAGGGACUGCUACUUAAGACCUUGAUUAAAUUUCCUAACCAAUUUGAGGUUAGAGAUGUUAGCUAAUUAUGAAAUGCUGGUCAAAUGUCGAGUGAUUGACCAAUAGUGACAUCUAAUCAGAAUGAUAAGAGAAUCCACGUCUUCCCUUCGCGCCCUGGAAAAGCUGCUUAGGCAGGCCGCAGCUGGGAUGGAGCUCUUCCCUACUUAGGGACUUCAGCCUUUCUCACAUGGUCGUUCCUUCCUCUGGGAGCCCCUCUGGAAGCAGUCAGUUCUCAUAUCCCUGAGACUUGCAGCAGGGUUUCCUCUUCAGAGAGUGACUUUUUCCUACAUAGCCAAUCCAAAGCCGACGGUGAAUGACGACACAACUAGCGUGAACUCUUCAGCUCCUUUAUCAUCCUUAUGGCUCCUCCAUGUCCGGAAUCACGGCUGGGACAUGAUACAGUUUCAGGGUGUGUGUGCACAUGCUCACCCAUGAAUGUUCACGUGGACGCCAGAUGUUGACGCCCGGUGACUGCUUCACCAUCUUCCUGUUCUGAGACCUGACACCUCACUGAUGAUAGAUCUGUCUCCCCAUGUUGCUCUACCCCAUCUCUGGGGUUUUAAAAGACACCGCUCUCCCAGUCUUUCUCAUGGGUCCUAGGGGGCUGGACUCAGCCUGCAGGCUUGGGCAGAGAGCACUCUGCUCACUGAGCCUUCUCCCACAGCCCUGAUGGUUUAUAUUGUGAAUAAUUAAUUGCUGAGAUUUUGUAGGCCUGUGGUCCCUGAGGCUUUAUCAGUGGUUACUACGUUGGACAAGCCUAUCCCCGCUUACCCUUAGCUCUGGUCAACAUCUCCAGAGUUUCCUGCACUGGCCCCUCCCACACAUUUCUCUCCAGAAAUACCCACAGCGAUCUGGUAAUAAAGGAUGCCUAUGCCAAGCCUCUGGUAAUGAGGAUAUUGUGGCAGAGGUUAACCCUGGAUUCCUAGUCAAUGACGUGUCCCUGUAACAUUCUUUCCUACACUUCAUGUUGUCUCCUACUUCCCCCAUCUCAAAGUACAUAUGGAUUCCACAUUCAGAAUGCCGUCUUAGGAAACACCAACCCUGUCCGGAUAGCCUCCAGAACCAUUCCCUCCUGAGUGGCCCUUCCUUCCACCCAGAGUCAGGAUGUCGCCUGGGCCCUAGCUGCUGCUGAGGGCUAUGUCUGGGUUCAUGGUCCAGCUACAGCUGGGGUCUGUGUGGAUGUUUGUGGCCUGUGUCACAUCAGGAGACCUCAGGAACCAUGCAAAAUGAAAUCAGAGGGCCAUGCUGAGCCGGCCCCACCCUUUGCUGGCCCUGGGAAAGCUGGCCUAGCUUCUCAUUGGACCCUACAGCAAGAGAGCUGACCCCCGGCACAUUACAGAGAUGACACCCACCCCUCACCACUGACCAGGGGGAACCAAGCCUAAGGGGAACAUGCAUUAGGGGAGCUGACUGACCAGCUUGGCUACCACACAGGCCCACAGUCGGGCUCUGGGUUGACUCCAUUUAAAACCUGCUGGAGUUGGCAAAGGAACUGGUCCUGGGGAAUGAUACCCACAGGAUAUCCAAGACUCGUGGCCAUUACAGGAUAUCCCAGAGGAGUUCCGGUGAGGAUCCAGAGAUGGUGGUGUACCAGAAACCAGAGGCCUUGAACCAGACCGGUGACUCAUUGCAAUGAACAUUUGCCAGUAAAACUGAUGGGACAAUUUGUAUACUGUAUGGCACACUGAAGCCCCCAGUGCCUUCAGGAUGAAUGGAGAGGUGUUGGAGAGGCAGGAGAGAAGGAGAAGCAAGGAGAUUUUUCUAUUGUUGUGAUUUUUUUGCUUUGUUUGGGUUAUUUUGUUUAUUUCUGCUUUUGUGCUUGUUUGCCUACUUUGAUUUGUUUCCUUUUGUGUGUGUGUGUGAGGGGGUGCGCAGCAGGGAUGGGGGAGAAUAUCGGGGGACUUGGAGGUGAGCAGAAUUGGGGUGCAAGAUGUGAAACUCCCAAAGGGUCAACAAAGAAGCUAAAUAUUAAGUUAAAGAUAGAUAGAUAGAUAGAUAGAUAGAUAGAUAGAUAGAUAGAUAGAUAGAUAGAUAGAUAGAAAACACCAACCCAUUGGGGUUCCCUGUCUAUUCUGUCAGAUAUCAGCUGAUUCUUGCCUUAGGGAUAUACAUAAACUGAAGAUGGAAAAUACUAAUUGUGAAGCAAGCACUCUGUAAUACUUAACAUAUAACUUGGAAAAACCAAAGCAUUCCGUAGAAAACCUCUGCUUUGGAUGCAUUACACCAAUGUUCCCAAUGUCUUAAGCCUUGGCAAGGCCUAGCUGCCCAUCUUGUUCUCAUUUGUCAGACCCACCCCACUUGGUGCCCUGUGACUUGGCGUUCCAAAGCACCACACUGACCCAAGGCUCAGUGACAGCUCCGCUGUAUUAAACACCAAUAAAUUCACCCCACAGAGUCAGGAAGGGAGCUUUUUGAUGGCUGCUGUCAAUUUUAUUGCUUUAUCUGGUUACUAGGAGAGGAUCUGUAGACAUCGUGCGUUUAUUGGUUUUAUGUAUUGCAUGUUGUUGUGCCUCUGACAAGCUACACCUAUAAAAAUGUGUUAUUAUUGCAUGAUGUAGCCCAGCGAACUGACCCUGCAUUUCAAAGUGUACUGAAGCAAAUAGCAUCGAAGUCCAUAAAAGCUGACUGGCCUCCAUCACAAAGGACUCUGCGUGAGCCGCAGUUCCUAUAAUCCAGCAAAGAAUUAUACCCUUCCCUCUACCGGCAGCCAUUGCUAUUAACUGAGCACAGCACACUCCCAAACACAGGCAUUAUCUGAAAAAUUCUAAGACAGGAUGCCUUAUAUUGCUCUGAUUUGUCCAACUCUCUGAGAGGACACAAGUGUAAUUUUGAAGUUUACAAAAGAAUGAAAUAACUGGUUUGCCGGUGUAAUAUCAGUUCAGGGUGCAAGGAGAGUUUCCACCAGUGUUUUCUCUCUUUGAAUGCAGAAGAGGCAUUUAAGUACAACAAUAGAAAGUGGUUAUCUCUAAGCCGGGAGGCAGCUGCUGGGCGUGUUAAGAAUGCAACUGUCUAGCACAGUGGGGGUUAGCCUGUGGUAAAGAGGAAUAGCCUAGCCUAUUGUAGCUCCCAAGCCUAGUUGAACCCCAGAAUCAGAUGGA